AAACUAAUUUAGGUGGAAAGGCAUUAUUGGUUAGGUGGCUAUUUGAUGACCGUCUCAGUGAUUUCACUUACAAUGAAAGCUAUUGGCAAUUGGUUAUCACAAUGAAAACACAUUGAAGUUGCUUUCUAAGGGCUGGAAUGGACUUGUUGCUAACAACGCAUCCGCCUACGGAUCAGGGAUGCCAUACGCAUUCUGCGAUCGUUUGGUGCGUUGAUCGUCCAUGUCGUCGCAAGGUAACACGACGAGGUAAAGGAAAGAUCUCAAACUACAGAGCAGCUGAGCGGCCGUGAAGCAGGAGCCAUGGCAGACAUUCAGAAGACAGUGGUCAAGGUGCUGAUCUGUGUGGAGAAGGUCACGUCCUUCGCCUCCUCCGUCGACCCCAUCUGCGGCAUGAUCUCCCCCCUGGUGAGGCUGCUGCGCAAGGGCCUCCAGGGGGACGAGGCCCACGCCCUGGAAAAGGACUUCCAGGCGCUGCACUGCAAGAUGGAGGACAUCUCGGCCAAGAACCGGCAGUGCCUGCAGAAGAUCCGGAUCGACGAGGUCAACGAAACCUACGGCAAGUAUGAGGAGUUCAUCAAGCACCAGUACGCUGCCUUCGGCAACAUGGUGACCGGGGUGAAGAAGAACCCGGACGCCGCCGACCGCCACAUGAGCAUCUUCAAGGAGAACUACGAGCAGCUCAAGGCGGACCAGAGCCUGGACAUCUACUACCGUGGUGUGAUGGGGAUCAAGACCACGUUCGCCCGGCCCCUCCUGCUGGUGUACUUGGAGCAGUGCGGGUGCAACCGCACCGUGAUGGAGCACCGCUGCUCCCACCUGUGCGACCUCUUCCACAAGGGCCUCAUCGCGCUCAUGGCCUACACGGCGGUGACGGAGGAUGACGAGGAGGAGGUGGCCCAGAAGUGGAAAAAGAGGAUGGAGGAGAUCCAGAGCAAGAUGGAGGAGGUGCUGAGUCAAUGCAAGGAGGAGAGCCAACCCUAGGUUCUGGGAGGGGAGGACGGAGGGGAGAUGGGAGAUUGGUGGUGGGAGGCUAGGAGGGAGGAUGGGUGGUGGAGGGAAACAAUAUUGUCCAUGUCAAUAUGGAAGCACUUCAGGUGGGGUGGGGUCACUUUACUCCCUGAUUCCACUCUCGACCAAUCCAAAGAUAUUUAAUCAUGCCGGGAAUAUUUUAGAGAUUUAUUUGUUUAGUCAGGAAUCAGGAUGCCUGCCAUAUAUUCUAAUGUUUUUGUUAUUUUGGUUGACACACCGAUGCUGUGUGGGAUAUUUUGUUUAAAUGGAGAUUUUUGCAUUAGCUGCCUAAAUAAACGCUGCUGUUAUGUGUCAAA